AUGGUGUCGCAGUUGAUACAAGUUCAAUCGAAGGUAUGUGAAGUUUUAAAGUUUGUGGCAGAGCACGGAAGUUCCUACUACAGACAGUUGCUUGAGAAGAACAAACACUUUAUCCAGGAACCUGCUACUGUGGAGAAGUGCCAAGAGUUCUAUAAACAACUUCUUUACACCUCUCUCGCUAGCUUUGUUCCACUUCUUAUUUACAACAUUCCCAAACGCUAUGAAACCUUCUGGAAGGAGCUAGACAACGCAAAUAACUUAUGGAAGAACAUAACCAAUCUGAAG